GUCGCUUGCACCGUAAUCUUACAGAGGCCGUUGGCCUAACGCGUUUAUAUCUUUCUCUUCAGCCGUUUACUUGGUAUUUCUUUCUGGGAAGUAGGAAGUGCGGACCAUUCCCAAGGGCACCCAGACAUGACUACCCUCAUCGCCGAUGGAAUCAUAUCCUCUCCUUCUCCUGAUUUUGAUGCCAAAGGUCACUCCAUGCCCCAGGUUCUAACAGAGUACUUCAACAAGUUCGCGGACAAGGUUGUAGCAGUUGACAAGAACUUGUCUCUGACUGCCGGGCAAUUUCUUUCGAAGAUACGAAGAUAUGCGGCAGGAUUUCAAAAAUGGGGCGUGGCUUCAGGAGUUCGGGUGUGCGCUCAUCUUCACAACGGUGUGGAGAGCAUGGCCGCUGCGCUCGCAGUUGUGUUCGCCGGGGGAACCGUCGUCCUUGCGAAGACUACGCUCGUCUCAAGAGAGCUGCUGUACCAGAUACGAGACAGUGACUGUGGUUACGUUCUGACGGACGAGCGCUGUUCGCGCACGGUCCUGGAAGUCAAAGACACUUGCUCGCUUAAGGUCGUGUUCGUCAUAGGAAACGUCGCCGGGUUUACCAGCAUCCGACAAUUCGAAGACCUCUCUGAAGAUUCCCUCAAGGAGUACGUCCCGUCCGACACAAAGGAUGAGACUGCCGCAGUUAUCUACACGUCGGGAUCCACGGGCCUUCCAAAAGGGGUGGAGAUAUCACACAGCGCAUACGUGUCAGCACUAAUGGCAUUUGAAAUGCUGAAGGUUUGUACCGAAGACGACGUGUACCUGGCAUCGAAUCCCUUGACUCACCUCUCUGGAUUUAUAGUCAGCGGGUUCUGCAUGUGUUACGGAGCUACAGCGGUGUAUCGGGACCCCAGUCUGUCACUUGGGGAGUUCAUCGACGUUAUUGAAAGUCACAAGGUGUCCUUGAUAAUCAGCUUUCCCGUGAAGAUGCAAUCGCUAAUCAACGAGAUACGGCGAACCGGAGCCCGGAUUCCUCGCGUGAAAAAGGUGGCGCUCGGCGGGAGCCUUCUCACAAGGUCGCUGGGCAGCGACGUCUGCGACGUGUUCCGCUGCGAGAGCCUGGUGAACAUCUACGGGCUGUCAGAGCUCACUGGAUAUGCUGCCGCGACGCCCGUCGGACAGGUCACCUUCGAACAUUGCGGAUUUCCCGCUGCCGGUUCUAAGAUCAAGAUCACGGACAUCAACACGGGAACAACCCUGGGACCAUUUGAACAUGGUGAAAUACGUGUACAAAGCAAGUCCGCUAUGAAAUCCUACUAUAAAAAACCGCAAGCCACGGCUGAGGUGCUGGGCCAGGAUGGUUGGAUAAAAACCGGUGACCUCGGCUACUACGACAAAGAGGGUCACCUCUAUUUCGUCGAAAGGCUGAAGGAGAUGAUCAAGUGCAUGGACAACCAGGUGGCACCUGCAGAGUUGGAACAGAUCCUGCUCUCGCACGACGCGGUCAAGGAAGUGGUUGUCGUCGGGGUGCCGAGCCCAAAGUACGGGGAAGCUCCCGCUGCCUGCGUGGUCCUGGACGAUGCUUGCACGCUGCCGAAAGAAGAAACCAAGCAACAAUUGAUAGAACUCGUUGCAGGCCAAACGGCAGUGCACAAGCAUCUCUACGGUGGGGUGAUUUUUGUUGACUUCAUACCCAAAGCUGACAAUGGGAAAGUCAUGAGACGGGAACUCAAGUCGAAAUUUGCGACUCAAUAAACCACGGACUUCGAACACGCAUUUUCUUGUAAAAAUAAGAAGUGUACAAACAAAAUGCGAAGGAUUUUACGUGCUGUAUAAAACCUACGACAACGUCUGCUCUUGGAG